GGAUCAUCUUGGCUAGAUCUUGGCUGCCCGCGCAAGAUGAGGCACGCGUGCUCCUUCGCGCUUUUCGCCACCUUCGGCCGCCUGCCCGCCGCAGCAGCGCCUGGCAAAGCCACGAAAAAUCUCUGCGCGGCCGCGGUCGUCCUGCCGUUCAACGCAACGCGACCCUUUGACGCCGCCGGCCGCGCGAGCCUGGCCCGGAACCCGACCUGCACCGCGCGCUUCGGCGAGAUCCGCACCGUCCGCGGGCGCCAGCGCGAGCGGCUGACCGUCGGCUACAGCUACUACUGCGACGUGCACCACUUGGAGCACAAUGUGCGUCUCUGGAACACAUUCCCUGCCGUUAUUCUCGACCACGUCCACUUCUUGAUCGUCGAUGACGGGUCUCCGGACGAAGCGCGAGCGGCGCCCGUCGUCGCUCGCAACGUGGAAGCAGCGAGCGGGUCUCCGGCGUCCCGCUCAGAUUGGCGCUUUGGGCGAGCCCCAUCCCCAACGCAGGCGUCACGGUCGUCGAGAUCGAACAGGACCUCGCGUGGAACAUUGGGGGCGCUCGGAAUUUGCUCUUCGCGGUGGCACCGACCGAUGUGAUCUUUGUCAUGGAUAUGGAUACUUUCGCCCCAUGGGAGCUCCUCGAAUGGGCGAUGGGGCAACUCGAGCCGGUGCGCGAGAGCUGCUUGGUCAUCAACGCAUUUCGGCGACUUGCGCCCCGAUGCCCACUCCCGUGCCCGCAUCCGGCCGUCAUGCUCUUAACGAAGCUGAGCUACUGGCAUAUCGCCGGCUGCGAUGAAGAUCUCGUUGGCCGUUAUGGGGGCACCGACCCCCUGUUCAGGCACAAGACCUCGGUCAUGAGAUCGUGCACCACGACUCAUGCCAAAAACUUGGGCGAUAUGCCGUUUCUCCAGGUCAUCAAGCGUAAUAUAGGACCACGCAAGACCAAAGCGAAUGGAAACAAGAAGAUUGGGCUCGUCGCAGCAAAAAUUAACGGCACGCGCCCGUGGGCGACGAGUGUUCUCCGCUUCUCGUGGUACGUAGCGUUCUCUACCGUACCGGCUUCGGCUUCGGUCCCGGCUCCGACUCCAGUUCUGGUCCCGGCUCCGACCAAAGCGACGUCCGGUACCCCUUUGCUUCGCAGAGGCGCGGUCUCAUGGUGGAGACGCUGGAUAACCAGGCGACUGAGGUCAUAGGUGAAUCCCUGCAUUUGUGUAUAGCAUUUAUUGCAAAGAAGAGUUCACUCAUUGUUACUGUGUUUCGUGUUGAUCGGGAUCUCCCCAAGGCCGGAGCCCUGUUGACUCUUUGGAGUAACAUUCUUCCUUACCUUCCCUUAGCUUUAAUUAGAAUGA